CAGAGCCUUUUUCGACGGGGAGGAGGAUUACAGGAGAGAAGCAGCUUUUCAUCACACAUCAUCCAACCUCCGGGCACUCCAGUCUCUGCUGCGCGCUCCCAGGAUCAGAACAUGGACAAUAACACACACGGAAGAAUGAGCACCAUCACUACGAUGGCUGAUUCCUUUCCAUUUCCAUUACUUGAUGGUUCACUUGCGGGAAAACAUUUUUAUGACCGUAGCAGUGACUAUCGGAAGUGUGACACUGUGCAGUGGGACGUUCAGAGGACACAUGUGGCCACAACGGAAACUUUACCAGGCGCAAAUGUAAGCUUCUCUACAUCAACAGGAGCAUUUAAAUUCAUCAAAGAUGAAAAAGAGCCUUCUGUGAUUAUGAACAGCCCCAUUCCCAACUUCGACACAUCACCGGAGAUUCCUGAUCUGGACACCUGCUGUGACGCCGACAGGAAGCAGCAGCUGAGGCUCAGUGACGGGGAGUCCGCGAGCUUCUCCCCGGCUGCAGCGAGGCCGAGGCUGGAGGGGUCUCCAAACUUCCUGAUGGACCUGAACCAGCCAGAUCAGCUUCCGGCGCACAUCCAGGUGAGGGCCGACUCCAGGUGCGGUGUGUCCGGGAAGGCUGUUGGAAACUUUGAUGCCAUUACGCACGCAGCCCAGCAGCCACUGACCAUGUACAAGAGCGAAGUUCCCCAUUGGCAGAUGCAGCCGUCUCCGCCUGAGACCCAGUACUGGUGCCAGUCCGUGGGGAUGAACGAUGACCAGUUCACACAAAACGGCUAUGAGGGGAUCCAGAACCAGGCCAUGAUUCGAAGGAACCCAUCACCAUAUUCCGCGUACCCCGGAAGACCACCUCAGAGACAGUGUGUGAUCUGUGCGGAUGAGGCGUCUGGUUGCCACUAUGGAGUCUUAACCUGCGGGAGCUGUAAAGUAUUUUUUAAAAGAGCAGUUGAAGGUCAUCACAGCUAUCUCUGCGCUGGGCGAAACGACUGCAUUGUGGACAAAAUUCGGAGGAAAAAUUGCCCUGCAUGUCGCCUCCGGAAGUGCUAUCAAGCGGGAAUGAUGCUAGGAGGCAGGAAGCUGAAGCGUUUCGGGGCCUUGAAAGCCUUCAGUUUGGCCCCGUCCCUGAUGUUCCAGUCACACUUUGCCGUAUCCAACGAAAAUCACGCCUUGACCUCCAUGUCGUGCAUACCAGGCAUCCGCGAGGAGCAGCUCUCCCAACAGAUCCUCAGUAUCCUGGAAAACAUCGAACCAGAGAUCAUGUACUCCGGAUUCGACAGCGCCCAGACCGACGGGCCCCACAUUCUGCUCAACAGCCUCAACAGGCUGUGUGAGAAACAGCUGGUGUGGAUCGUCAAGUGGUCCAAGUCCCUCCCAGGGUUUCGUAAUCUUCACAUCACGGAUCAGAUGACCCUCAUCCAGUACUCGUGGGUGAACCUGAUGGUGUUCUCUCUUGGGUGGCGCUCCUAUCAGAAUGUCACCAGUGAAUAUUUAUACUUUGCACCUGAUCUGGUUCUCAGUCAGGAGCAAAUGAGGAGAUCUCCGAUUGACGAGCUGUGCCUGGCGAUACAGUUCAUCCCUCAGGAGUUUGCAAACCUUCAAGUUAGCCGCGAGGAGUUUCUCUGCAUGAAAGCCAUAAUAUUACUCAACACAGUGCCUCUGGAGGGACUCAAAAGCCAUGCAGUGUUUGAAGACAUGAGACAGAACUACAUCCGGGAGCUGACGAAGGCGAUACACUUGAGGGAGAAGGGCCUGGUGGCCAGCUCCCAGAGGUUCUACCACCUCACCAAGCUGAUGGACGCCAUGCAUGAUAUAGUGAAAAAGGUCAACCUGUUCUGUCUGAGCACCUUCAUCCAGGCGGACGCCAUGAAAGUGGAGUUUCCAGAGAUGAUGACGGAGGUGAUCGCCUCCCAGCUUCCCAAGGUCCUGGCAGGCAUGGUGAGGCCCCUCACCUUCCACUCCAAGUGAAGAUGCCAGCAAACACGUCGCAAAUCUGCGGAGACAUCUUGUGAGGGGGUUAUUCAUCCCACGAUUACUGAAUUCUUUGUAGCCUUCAUUAUUCAAGACAGUCAGUACUUCAGCCUUUUUACUUUAUAAGGGCAACAGAGUUCUUUCCACAUGUUUUUAAGUACAUUUAAUAUAAUCUAUUUGAAAAAUAUGAAUUCAGAGGCAUGAAUGGUUUUGAGAACCAUUAGAGAUAUUGAUGUUUGUACUGAAGCUGCAAAAGAGAAACAAAAUAAUAACAACAAGUUUACAAUUCAAUGUUCAGGGGAGGAGAACAUGGAAGUUAACUAUCAGUAAAAUAUUUGAUAAGAAAUAAUAUACUUAAUGUGAUCUUGAGUGGGUUAAAAAUAACGAGGACAUUUUCGCAAAGGCUUUUUGCCCUUAGUGUGUUAUUUUCAUACAGUUACUUAUUCUAAAAAUGUCUACAUUAAAGACAUUCAGACAAUUGGAGAAGUGUGCCACAUUUGAAAUGAUUGCAGUACGUUAACACAUUCAAUUCACAAUUUCACAAUGAAAUACUUUUCUGACUCAGCAUAAAAACAACUGGUCACUGUCUCCUUGGCACAUGCUCUUACUCUAAACUAAAUACUGACGUUUGUUUUGGAGCUGUAGUUAACAAAAAAUGAAAAAUAAAUGUUGAAUCUAA